UACAGAUUUAAUGUGCUUGUUUGUGUGAGAUUAGAGAUGAUAGCAGUAGAUCUGUUCUUAUCAAGAUUAAAGCUUUGAGUAUAAGUCAGUGUUAGUAGCUUGACCACCGCUUUCUCUCUAUAUUCUUAUCGUUUUAUUUAUCUCUCUCAUCGCCCCGCUCUUUCUCUCUUUUAUGUGCAUGUUUGCUUGUCCUUGUUCCUCUACUCUUUCAGAAGUCAUUACUCCUCUCUGAAGCAUGUGGGCGUCCAAGGCCAUCCGUGUAAAAUGAAUGUGAUGUGAGCAGAGAGACUAUUGGGAGUUUGCUGAUGUGAACAUCAGCAGCAGAAGAUUUCAGCUCUUCACAGGCAGGUAAUUGUUAUAAUCAGCUCUCACUUAACCUGCGUCAGAAUGCCUCUAUUGAAAGACCCUCGGAGAAAAUCAGAUGACAUCAAUGCUGUUUAUGAGCUCAAAGAGAAACUGGGAGAGGGCUCAUUUUCUGAGGUUCGAGUAGCUCAGCACAGAUGCACAAACAAGCUCGUAGCUGUCAAGUGCAUCCGCAAGAGAGCGCUGAAGGGGAAAGAGUCCAUGCUGGAGAAUGAGAUUGCUGUAUUACGCAGAAUCAACCAUGAAAAUAUAGUUUCUUUGGAGGAAACCUUUGAGACCCCAACAAAACUCUAUCUGAUAAUGACACUUUUGACAGGUGGAGAGCUGUUGGACAGGAUUUUGGAGAGAGGCAGUUACACAGAGAAAGACACCAGUCGGGUCAUAUUUCAGGUGCUAAACGCAGUAAAGUAUCUACACCAGCUGGGCAUCGUGCAUCGGGAUCUAAAGCCAGAAAACUUGUUGUAUGAGACUCCAUUAGAAGACUCCAAAAUUGUCAUCAGUGACUUUGGUUUGUCGAAAAUGGAAGAUCAAGGAGCUCUGUCUACUGCCUGUGGGACACCUGCAUAUGUCGCUCCUGAACUUCUCCAGCAGAAGACAUACAGUAAAGAGGUGGACCUGUGGGCCAUUGGGGUGAUAACAUUCAUACUGUUGUGUGGCUAUCCUCCGUUCUACGAUGAUAAUGACACGCAACUCUACAAGCUGAUCAUAAAGGCUGAAUACGACUUUGAUUCACCAUAUUGGGAUGACAUUUCAGAUUCAGCAAAAGACUUCAUACUUCACUUACUGCAGAAAGAUCCAGUGAAGAGGUUCGAUAGUGACCAGGCCUUGCAGCAUCCUUGGAUAUCAGGAGGUGCGGCUUUAGAUAAGAACAUCCACGGUUCGGUGUCAGCACAGAUCCAGAAGAACUUUGCUAAGAGUCAAUGGAGGAGAGCCUUUAAUGCCACAAUCAUUGUGCGCCAUUUAACCAAAAAAACCCACCCUGAGGAUGACGAAGGAGAUAAAUCCACAGGGGCCAUCUGACCAUCAAGUUGGGAGAUCUCUCAUCAUUUCCUCAUUCUCAUGAUUCAAACCCAUACAACUUGGUCCUAAAGUAAAGCUUUAUCCCUACUCCUAAAAAUAAAGGAAGUAAAUUAACCAAUACAAAAACAAAAAAAUAAACAAUUUUGGUAAUCACAAUUAAAAAGUAUCAUUAAAGGGAUAGUUCACCCAAAAAUUAAAAUUCUGUCAUUAUUUACUUACCCCUUAUGUUGGUCUUAACCUGUAUAUAAAAGAAGAUAUUUGGACAAAUUAUGGUACCCAAUUGACAGCACCCAUUGACUUCCAUAUAUGCAUGCCUACCAUCAUUUAUCAAAAUAUCCUCUUUUGUGUUCAACAAAAUAAACUCAUACAAGUUAAGACUAACAUGAUGGUGAAACAAAACGUUCGUUUUUGGGGGAACGUUUCCUUUAAGCACGGCAUGUAUGUGGAACAUAAUGAGAUGUAAAUUACUCAAAGAAAAUGUCACAAUGACAGGAGUUAGUAUAUUUAAAAUAUACCUGAGCUUUAAAUGAAAUGUUGUCUGUAAGCUGCUGCUAUUUCUCUCGACUGAGCUGUCGCUAUAGAAAUCUCGCUCCAUCAUAGCUCCCCAUGUGCUUGUAUUUGACACAUAACUGCAUGCUGCUAUUUGACAGAACCGAAUAUUUAGCCAUGUAGUGUCAAGUGCUGUCACCGUGGGUUUAUCAGUGCCUCUACAUGGAAAAAUAUCAUACAGCAUGAGAAAAUGUAUAAAUAAAGUAAAUAAGUAGUCGCUGUUUCUUGUAUCUCUGGAUUUCUCUGUGGAUAGUCAUUUAUUGUCAUAUGUACGAGUAUCGUAUACAACGCACAAUAAAAGUCUUUCUUAUAGAUGAUUCUCUGUGGACUAUGAAUAAUAACACUAACUUUGCUGCUCAAAACGAUACAUAUGUACAAAAAUAACAAUGACAAAACAAUAUGACAAAGAGAACUCUGUAUUAAAUAUGGACAUCAGAAAGGAGUCAGACUUGAACAGGAGUUUGUAAAAACAAUACUAUUAUUCAAUAGCUGAACCUGCCUAUGUGAGGCACAGCAAGUUAUUACAUUUAGAUGAAAGACAACCAAAAUAAACAUUUGAUAUAUUUGGAAUAAAGUGUUGGGAAAAUGAACAGGGUCUUUUCUGAGAUCACAAUGACUUUAAGCAAACAUACAAAAAUAGGCUACUCCAUGAAUUUAGAACAACAGAGGACAUUCAGGCCUGGCUUUAAUAACAGGCCAAUAUGACAGACACGCCGCCCCUUUCAUUUCUGGAAAGAGCCCUACAUACAUACUGUAACCAGCAGUCAACAUAAGGAAAUAUUUUCCAGACAAAUAAUUCAAUCUGGGUGGGUUUUUACAUGACUAAUCAUCAUGUAUAGGAUGUUUGUAUGUCUGGA